AUGUCUAUCCUCAGUUUACGUGUUGUCGUCGCUCUGUCUGGAGGUGUAGUGUUUCUGUUGUUUACUAAACUGAUGUGGGUUGUGCCCAAAUGGAUGUUGAAGAGCCGUGACAGUGAUGUUAUUCGUCAAUCGAAGCUUGUUAGCGAUCAUAAAACCUUUACAGAAGCAGUGGAUCUAAACAAUAUUAAAGUACCUAUUUUCUACGGGUCACAGACUGGUACUGCUAAGAAAUACGCUGUUUGUCUUGGGCAUCAUCUUCAUACUUUUGGAGUCCAAAACUUGGUGAUAGACCUCAGGCACUUGACUAUGGACAUGCUGGUACACCUGUCUAUACGGGACACAUGUGUAGCAGUAUUCAUUCUGGCAACUUAUGGUGAAGGUGAACCCACAGAUAAUGGUCGGAAGUUUCUGGAGAAUUUGGAAAACUCUGAUAAGAAAUUCAAUAAUUUACGUUUUGUGGUUUUUGGACUGGGUAACAGCUUGUAUACAUAUUUUAAUGCUUUUGGAAAAUCAGUCGAUCGUUUACUUUAUAAACAAGGAGCUAAACGAUUACAAGCAAUUACUUUAGGUGAUGAGGUGGAUGAUUUAGAAAAUACUUUUCUCACUUGGAGAGAUCAGUUGACUUCGUCUUUAAUGGAUUUCUUUAAUGUAUUCAAUGAUAAUAAAGAUAGUCUGAACAUGCAAUAUGAACGGAUAUAUUCAUUGAAAUGUAAGACUUGGGGUUUGCCUGUCGUUUCACGCUUUCUAAACAGAGCCUAUAUGCCGGAAAAGUUACCUUAUGGAACAGAGAACUAUGUCUACACUGCUCUAGUUGUUAAUGAAGAGUUAUACAAUAACAGUUCGCGUUCUUGUCGACAUAUUGAAUUGGAUCUAUCUGGUUCUGAACUUAGUUACAAAACAGGUGAUCAUGUUGCAUUAUUCGCUCCAAAUCCACCAGAUCUUGUUAAGGCAAUUAGUGAUCUUCUGAAUAUUGAUUUGGAUGUGAUGAUUAGUUUGGAUGCAAUUGAUCCUUUCAGUUUAAUCAGACAUCCUUUUCCGUGUCCAUGUACCUAUCGUCAUGCAUUCACAUAUUUUGUGGAUAUAACUGGACCUCCUGGGAGGAAUUUAUUUUCUGCUUGCAUAAAUACAAUAACUGACCAUGAUGAAUUAAAAUUUGUUCAACUUCUUAUUUCAAAAAGUGAAAAAGGGAAGGAACUAUACUCAAAGUGGAUUUUAGAAGAUCAUCGUGGUUUUGUAGAUGUACUAAAAGAUCUGAAGUCAUUUCGACCACCAGUUGAUCUCUUGCUGGAGUUAUUAAAUCCUCUAAAGCCAAGACUGUACAGUAUCUCCUCCUCUGCAUUAGUGUAUCCGAAACGAAUACAUAUAACGGCUUCUGUGGUUAAUUAUCAAACGAAUUCAGGUCGUCAAUUCAUGGGUCUUGCUACAAAUUGGUUGAAUUCACUCCAGUUAGAAAGUUAUCGGGAUACACUGAAUAUCUCUAUACCUGUUACUAUUCACUCAAGUAAAUUCUAUUUACCUCGAAGUCGUGCACUACCAAUAAUUAUGAUAGCUGCUGGUACUGGAUUAGCUCCAUUCCGUGCAUUCAUACAAGAACGCUUAAAACUAGCUGACGAUAAAGGUGGUGCAAAUGGACAAAUGUUGUUGUUUUUCGGUUGUCGUCAUGAAAAUGAAGACUUCAUAUACUCAGCUGAAUUAAAACAAGCCUGUGGUACUGGCCUACUUGAAAUGCACACCGCUUUUUCGCGUGACUCUGUCGAUGGCACCAAGGUGUAUGCUCAGCAUAAACUUCUAGAGAUGGGUCAUAAAGUGUGGCAACUUUUAGAUGAAUACCAUGCGUAUCUUUAUGUUUGUGGAAACGCCUCUCGUAUGGCUCGGGAUGUUCAUUUGUGUUUAAUUGAAUUAGUAGCAAAGCAUUCCCAAACUACAAUUGAAGCAGCAACCUGUUAUGUUUUAAAUUUGCGAAAACAAGGACGUUAUCGUACAGAUGUUUGGAAGUAA